AUGGAUGAAAAGAGUAAACCAUAUUAUACUCGUAGUGUUCAAAACUUCCUCCUGCUAUGGCUGGAUGGAAGUAUCGACGGCAUCAACAAUCAAGAUUGCCGAAAUUCAAUCGAAAUGUUGCGAGAAGUAGUUAAUACAGUCAAUCCAUUCACCAAUGCAGAUGAAUUUAUUGAUUUCAUUACCGACACAAAUGAAGUCAAGAUCUUCUUGAUCGUCUCUGGAACAUUUAGUCAGAUCAUUGUUCCUAUUGUGGAGGACAUUCAUCAUGUAAGUGAUGUUUAUAUUUUUUGUAAGAAUAAGACUCGUUAUGAACAAUGGGCGAAACAAUGGUUCAAAGUGAAAGGUGUCUUUACCGAUAUCACACCAAUUUGUGAAGCACUUAGACCAGCCGUCAAAGAAUGUGAUCAUAAUGUGGUCUCUAUGAGCUUUAUCAAGACAAGCGAUGAAAUUGCAAAAAAGAAUCUUGAUGAACUCGACCAAUCCUUCAUGUAUACGCAGAUACUGAAGGAAAUUUUACUUACCAUUGACUUUGAACAAAUGCAUAUUAAUGAAUUUCAUACUUAUUGUCGCAACCAAUUUGUCGGCAAUACUACUGAAUUAAAAAAUGUCGAUACAUUCGAAAAAGACUAUCGCAGCGAACAACCGAUAUGGUGGUAUACAUACCAACGCUUCCUUUAUUUCAUGCUAAAUAAAGCAUUACAAACAAUGGAAAUCGAUCUUAUUAUAAAAAUGGGCUUUUUCAUUCGAGAUCUCCAUGAACAUAUUGCCCGCCUACACUUUGAACAACACGAUGAACAGAAACAUUCGACUUCUUUCACCGUAUUUCGUGGUCAAGGUUUGUCUCCGACAGAAUUUGACCAACUUAUGGAAACAAAAGAUGGAUGA